AGAGACAAAUGACAGUUCUCUACAUCGUGUGCGGUUUUCGGCAAGUGUUCGAAAUAAAAUUCGUAUUACUUGCUAUUCAUAAAUUACACAGUGUAUCAACAUGAAAGUUCUGUGUAAUAAAACGAAUCCACCGCUUGGGGGUCUACUAGCAGUAGAGUUCUACAGAUCUUCGGCUAAAAAUGUAGAUAUCGUAUGGGGCAAUGAAUCAUCUGUUACACUUUUAAAUUCACCAAAGCCAGUGCCAUAUGGAACCAGCAAUGAUUUGAUUAGAAUUCUUGAAAAUAAUUUUAAUAAAUCCGUUGGACCCCUAGAAAAGGUUACGAUGAAUCACUGGCUGUCCCUCAGCCUAAUUCUAAUUGAAGAAAUGCCUAAAUCUCUAGAAUAUCUUGAUAAGACUCUUGGUCCUAUUACUUAUUUACAUGGGGAAGCUUUAUCUGUUUCCGAUUUAGCUGUGUUUAGUGCUUUGUAUGCGUCUAAUAAAUUCCAAGAAUUGUCAAAAACUAAAACAUAUAAUAAUAUUACGAGGUGGAUGAAACUCAUUCAGGCCCAAGAACCAGUAAUAAAAGCACUCAAAAGUAUUCCAGCUGAUGUACUUGAAAAUUUAUCUAAAAUAUCUUCAAGAUCCACACCAGAAAACAAGGAAACAGGAAUGCGUCAGGAAGGCAAAUUUGUUGAAUUGCCACAUGCUGAGAUGGGCAAAGUGGUUGUGAGAUUCCCUCCCGAGGCAUCUGGCUACCUACACAUUGGGCAUGCUAAGGCAGCUCUUCUAAAUCAAUAUUAUCAGGAGGCCUUCGAAGGAAAGUUGGUAAUGAGAUUUGAUGACACCAACCCAGCUAAGGAGAAUGCUGAGUUUGAAAAGGUGAUAUUAGAAGAUGUUGAAAUGCUUGAAAUAAAACCUGACAUGUUUACACACACUUCGCAAUACUUUGAUCUGAUGCUGCAAUUCUGUGAGAAGCUUAUUAAGGAGGGCAAAGCAUUUGUUGAUGAUACUCCGGCAGAACAGAUGAAGAAUGAACGGGAACAGAGGAUUGAUAGCAGGAAUAAAAGCAACUCUGUAGAAAAGAACUUGCAGCUUUGGGAAGAGAUGAAGAAGGGUAGUGAUAUUGGCGUCCAAAACUGUGUUAGAGCUAUUAUCGAUAUGCAGUCUGCUAAUGGAUGUUUGCGAGAUCCAACUAUAUACAGAUGUAAGCCAGAACCACAUCCGAGAACGGGAACACAAUAUAAAGUGUAUCCAACAUAUGACUUCGCUUGUCCUAUCGUCGAUUCCAUAGAAGGUGUAACACAUGUUCUUAGAACAAUGGAGUAUCAUGACAGGGAUCCACAGUUCUAUUGGUUCAUAGAUGCUUUGGGGCUGCGGAAACCAUAUAUUUGGGAAUACAGCAGGUUAAGUAUGACAAAUACGGUUUUGUCAAAACGAAAGCUGACUUGGUUCGUUGAGCAAGGUCUUGUUGAUGGAUGGGACGAUCCCCGCAUGCCGACUGUCCGCGGUGUCCUCCGUAGAGGCCUGACCGUGGAGGCGUUGAGAAGGUUCAUACGAGCUCAAGGCUCGAGUCGCUCCGUUGUGUUCAUGGAAUGGGAUAAGAUAUGGGCCAUCAACAAGAAGGUCAUUGACCCCGUAGCUCCUAGAUUCACUGCUUUAGAAUCAAAGCCGGUUCCAGUUAACCUCAAAGGCGUCACAUCUGACAGUACUUUAGAUGUGCCGCUACAUCCCAAAAAUCCGGAUGUGGGCAACAAAAAAGUUUGGAUAUCAAAGACAUUAUUGAUAGACCAGGUCGACGCGAAAACAUUGAAGGAGGGGGAAAACGCGACGUUCAUUAACUACGGGAAUAUAAUGAUUGAUAAAAUACACAAGGCCGCCGACGGUACGGUAACAAGAAUAGACGCGACGCCCAAUCUCGAUAAUAAGGACUAUAAAAAGACGUUGAAACUGACGUGGAUAGCGGAGACACCACAGUCGCCGAUGGUGGAAACCUACUGCGUGUACUUCGAUCACAUUAUAUCGAAACCCUUGCUCGGGAAAGACGAGGACUUCAAAAAGUACAUCGGACAUCAGACACGGUGGGAAGUGCCGAUGCUGGGUGAAAUGGCUUUAGAGAGUGUGAAGGAAGGAGACAUCAUUCAGCUACAGCGACGCGGCUUCUUCCGAGUGGACGCGGCGGGGGGACGCUCGGCUCUCACUGGUCAAGUUCACCCGCUCGUAUUAUUACAUGUGCCAGACGGACGAGCGGAAACACAGACGAAACCAAUACAAGCAAUCGCUAAGGAACCAGUCUCCUCUCCAUCUUCAGGCGAUGCUGAGAACUUGAAUAUUGAAAUCACGAAGCAAGGAGACGUGGUGAGAUCACUGAAAACUUCUAAAGCUGAAAAAGCCAAAAUUGAUGAAGCUGUAAAAACCUUGUUGGAUCUUAAAGCCAAGUAUAAGGAAGCUACGGGCCAGGAUUGGAAACCGGGCGCCUCACCAGCCAAGGCUAACUCUUCGCCGAGUAGUGACGUAUCUGCUUUGAAUUCUGAAAUAACAAAGCAAGGGGAUUUGGUUAGAUCACUGAAAGCCUCUAAAGCCGAAAAGGGAAAAGUUGAUGAAGCAGUAAAAGCAUUGUUGGAGCUCAAAGCCAAGUAUAAGGCAGCCACAGGCCAGGAUUGGAAACCAGACGCAGCACCGGUUCAAACAUCACCUGUCUCUGACGCCUCGUCUCUGAACAGCGAGAUCAUUAAACAAGGUGACAUAGUGAGGAGUCUGAAGUCUGCAAAGGCUGAGAAGGCGAAGGUCGAUGAAGCUGUCAAAGUAUUACUGGACUUGAAGAACAAAUAUAAGGCUGCUACCGGACAGGAUUGGAAGCCAGGAAAAACGCCUUUUGUAACUCCGCUAUCAAACUUAAACAGCGAGAUCAUUAAACAAGGUGACUUAGUGAGGAGUCUCAAGUCUGCGAAGGCUGAGAAGGCGAAGGUCGAUGAAGCUGUCAAAGUAUUACUGGAAUUGAAGAACAAAUACAAGGCUGCUACCGGACAGGAUUGGAAGCCGGAAGGAACACAAGCAUCAUCUAACAAUUCAUCAGCUAUGGCAUCAAAUGAAGCUUCGUCCUUGAACAGCGAGAUCAUCAAGCAGGGAGACUUAGUGAGGAGUUUGAAGUCUGCGAAGGCUGAGAAGGCGAAGGUCGAUGAAGCUGUCAAAGUAUUACUGGACUUGAAGAACAAAUAUAAGGCUGCUACCGGACAGGAUUGGAAGCCGACACAAGAAGUCAAGGUCGAUGAUUCCAAAGUGACGGAUAUUUUGAAUGAAAUAACGUCCCAAGGAGAUAAAGUCCGCACUCUCAAGACAGAAAAGGCUGACAAAUCUGUUAUAGACGCAGAGGUUAAAAAUCUUCUAAAUCUUAAAGCUCAAUAUAAGAAUUUAACUGGCAGUGAAUGGACAGCAAAUGCCGCUGCAAAACAAGAUAAUAAGAAGUCUGAGAAGGUAAAAUUUAAGGCGGACUCACAGGCAAGUGCUGGAAAAGCUAAUAAGGCAGAUAAAAAAGAGAAGAAGCCAAAGGAAAACAAACCUAAAGAGCAGGUUAAACCGAAAGAGGAAAGUGGCUCCGGAGUUAAGAAAGUAACCCGCCUCGGUAUGGAAGCGAACAAGGAGACCGACCUUCCAGAGUGGUACUCACAAGUUAUAACUAAGUCGGAAAUGAUAGACUACUACGACAUAUCCGGCUGUUAUAUUCUACGUCCGUGGUCAUUCAGUAUAUGGGAGGGUAUACGGAGCUUCCUUAGCGCUCAAUUCAAGAAAAUGGGAGUCAAAGACGGUUAUUUCCCAAUAUUUGUAUCGAAGGCGGCUCUAGAACGUGAGAAGACCCACAUCUCGGACUUCGCCCCCGAGGUGGCAUGGGUGACGCACUCGGGGUCUUCGGAGCUGGCGGAGCACGUGGCCGUGAGACCCACCUCGGAGACCGUCAUGUACCCCGCGUACGCCAAGUGGAUACAGAGCCACAGAGACUUACCGCUCAGGAUCAACCAGUGGAACAAUGUUGUGAGGUGGGAGUUCAAACAGCCUCAGCCUUUCCUUCGCACGCGUGAGUUCCUCUGGCAGGAAGGACACACGGCCUUCCGCACUAAGGAGGAAGCGGACAAGGAGGUUCUACAUGUACUCGAUCUGUACGCCCAAGUGUAUGAAGAUCUCUUGGCUAUACCGGUUGUGAAGGGAAGGAAGACGGAGAAGGAGAAAUUCGCGGGAGCUGAUUACACCACCACGGUAGAAGCGUACAUACCUGCUAGCGGCAGGGGCAUACAGGGCGCUACGAGUCAUCAUCUCGGACAGAACUUCUCGAAGAUGUUCGAAAUAGUCUACGACGACCCCGACACCCAAGAGAAGAAGUUCGUGUAUCAGAACUCAUGGGGUCUCACUACAAGGACUAUAGGUGUGAUGGUCUUAGUACACGGGGAUGACCGCGGCCUGGUGCUCCCUCCGAGGAUAGCCAGCAUUCAAGUGAUAGUGGUGCCGUGUGGCAUAACCGCAUCCAGCACAGACGAGGAGAGGAAGUCACUCAUAGACGCCUGCAAGCAACUAGCCGAAGAACUGUCUGCGUCCGGCAUCAGAGCUGAAGGAGACUAUAGAGAUAACUACUCCCCUGGGUGGAAGUUCAAUCACUGGGAACUUAAGGGUGUCCCGAUCCGAGCUGAGCUGGGUCCCAAAGAUCUCUCUCGUGGCGAGGUAGUGUGCGUGUCGCGCGUGUCGUCAUCUCGGAGCACCCUCAAGAGGGACGGAGCCCCGGCCGCCAUCGCUGAUAUGUUGGAACAAAUACACAAAGAUAUGCUGGCUAAGGCUACUAAGGAACGUGAUGAACGGUUCUCCAUGGUGACUGAGUGGAAUGACUUCACCGAGGCUUUGGAACGGAAGCAUCUUUUAUAUGCACCGUUCUGUGGAGAUAUUCCAUGCGAGGAUAACAUCAAAACUGACAGCGCUCGCACUGAAGAUGACCCUACCACAGAAGUGAAAGGUCCGGCGAUGGGUGCUAAAUCACUGUGUAUACCUUUCUCUCAACCGCGGCCUUUGAAGCCCGAAGAUAAAUGCAUACAUCCGCUUUGCAAUAAUAAACCCCAAUACAUUACACUCUUUGGCAGAAGCUAUUAAGAGUUAUUAUGUACUGUCACAUAUUUAUUACAAAGUUUUGGAAAUGUA